AUGCCGCACACAUCGGCGUCGCGCAGUCUGCUGGGACUCGUGAGAAGAUUCAACCAGCUUAAUGUCGCCGAUCCAUUGACACAAUGCCUUGCACCGAGACUAGGUCGAGCAUUCGCCUCUCAAACUCAGCUACCCAUCCCCAAAAUCACUAAGGAGUUUGAACCGGGUCGUGAUUCCUCUCAGAUUCGAACCCCUUCCACUGCGGCAUCUCCAACGCCGUGGUUAUCAAGGACUCCAUCAACAACAGAGCUCCACGUUCUAGACCACCCUGUCCUCGCAACACUGCAUUCGUGGCCUCACAUCGAACCUACUCGCUAUGCGCUGUAUGGCUCUCGGUACCUCGAUGCCCCCUUGCGCCGAGACAUACUUCACCGCGCUGUCAUCUACGAAGCAGACGCCACACGCCAGGGUACGGCGAGCACAAAAUGGCGCUUCGAAGUCCAUGGGUCCAACCGGAAGCUAUACCAGCAAAAAGGCACAGGUCGUGCUCGUGUGAGAGACAAAAAGUCCCCUAUAAGAAGAGGAGGUGGUGUCGCUUUCGGUCCGAAACCGAGGGACUUUUCGACCGAAUUGCAGAAGAAAGUUUAUCACCAGGCGUUCCGGAUCGCGUUAAGUUAUCGAUUUAGGAAGAAUGAGUUGGUUAUCCUGAACGACAAGAUCACUCUCCCGGAGGGCAACAGUGCCCGGUUUCUUAACAACGUUUUCGAAGCCAAUCGCUGGGGCCAGGGAUACGGCCGGAGCCUCCUCGUCACUAGCACCUUGGAAUCGGCCGGAUCACGUAUCUUCGAAGAGAUGGAAGUGAUCGGCGAACACGGCGAGCUCAAAGAUAUCGAGGACGUGGAUGUCAAGGACCUCCUCACUAGCGGGCGCAUCGUGAUCGAAAGAUCUGCCCUGUUAAGCUUGCUCUGCAAGGAACAGACAUUCAAGGAGAACGGAACAGUGUUCACUUUCGAGAAAUCUUUCAGGGAUGUGAAGCUUGAGAAUAGGCUUCAGGUGCCUGAGAAGGUUGUACAGUAUUUGUGA